UUGUUUCCACAUAACCCAGACAGAUGAGGUGACCAUGACCUCUUUAACAAUCCCUGUGGUUGACAUCCACAAUGAGAACUUCAGUGAACUCUGGCCUUCCUUGUUGCUGGCUUUGAAGACAUCCACUUUUAUAGCUGUAGACACUGAGUUAAGUGGUUUGGGAGAGAGGAAGAAUUUGCUAAACCAGUGUGUAGAGGAAAGAUAUAAAUCCAUAUGCCAUGCUGCCAGAACAAGGUCAAUACUCUCUUUGGGCAUUGCUUGCUUCAAAAAACUACCAGAAAAGGGGGACAAUGCAUACUUGUCUCAAAUUUUUAACUUGACAUUGCUGUGUAUGGAAAAUUAUACCAUAGAACCACAGUCUGUUCAGUUCCUAGUUCAACACGGCUUUGACUUCAACAAACAAUAUUCAGCGGGCAUCCCUUACCAGAAGGGUAAUGACAAGGACAAUGAACAUCAUGUGAAGGGGAUCCGCACACUGUUUCUGGAGUUGCUACGUGCGAGAAAGCCUUUGAUCUUGCACAAUGGCCUGAUAGACCUGGCCUUCCUUUACCAGUGUUUCUAUGCCCAACUCCCUGACAAUUUGGGCAGCUUCAUCGCUGACCUCUCAGAAAUGUUUCCGGCAGGAAUCUAUGACACCAAAUAUGUUUCAGAAUUUGAGAUUCGUUUUACAGCAUCGUACUUGGAGUAUGCCUAUAAAAAAUGCAAACGUGAGAACAGUAAAUUGAUUGAUUUAAGCAGAAAACACCUGAGCAUUGAGUUUUGCCGUUACCCUGCCAGCAUGUCUACUUUUGUGGAUUAUCGGCUCUGCUCCCUGCCAGACCCAGACAAGUCCAACUCUGAAGAGCAGCACAUCUGUGACAGGUUUUCAGCUUAUGGCUGGUGCCCAAAUGGAUUGAACUGUACCCAGUCUCAUAAUAUUGACCUUAUUAUUGACGAGGAUGAAAAGAUAUAUGAGCAAAAGAAGAAGCAGCACAAAGGGAAAAGACAAAAAUCUGUGGAGCCUUCAAAUCAGAGUAUAAAAGAAGAGGGAUCAGAAAAGGUUUUGUUUACUUGCAUGGAGCCCCCAUGCAAGCAACCACGUGGGCCCAGUUCAUUGGCUGGCACGAGUAUAGCACAUGGCUGCAUAAAUGAGGCAUCACAGAAUGAACUUGCAGACAGAGCAGACUGUAGAAUGGAAGAAGACAAGAAAGAGAGCAGGAGUCUGACUAUUAUUCUUGAAAGUGCUGUAAAGAGUAAGGAUCCUUCAGGUGAUGAGAAAACAGUUUCCACCACAAGCCCAACUGAAGGCACUGACUUGGCAGGAAGAGUAAAAAGAGAGGAUUCCAAAUCAGCUGAGGGUGGCACACACAGAGCUGGGUUUGAUGCUUUUAUGACAGGUUAUAUUAUGGGCUAUGCAUCGAUGCUAAAGAAAGGGGGAAGCUCAGACACCUCUCCUGGAAAUUGGCUUCCAGACUGUCAUAAUAAGAUAUAUCUAAGUGGAAAAAAUGUGCCACUUCAGAUAAUGAAAAGCGUUUUCUCCAAAUCUUCCAGGGCCCAUGCUCAGAAGGUGAAACUACUGUCUGGUAGCAGCUGGUGAACAGUGCUUUGUUACCUGGUUUUAGUUAGAAGACUCAGGCCCAGAGUUACUUUUCGCUAUAGUUACCAUGCAGAAGCAGGGAAAAGGAGGCAAUGUUUAGGCUUCAUAUUCACUGCUAGAAUGUAAGGAGAAAAUUAUUUUAAAGAGAUUCCUAAAGGAAAACAAGCUGGCUUUGUUGACUGUGGCCUUUAUUUUCUUUACUAUUUGGCACAGUAAAUCAUCCACUAGGGUAUGGCUGUUUUCCCCCAUGACCCUUUAACUUUUGCAAAAGCCAGCACCUAUUAUGUUCAAGUGGUUUACUGAUUGCAGAUCUUUUUGUAUAUAUUUCUUAUAAUACACUUCUAAUACACUUCACAAUUAAAUCUGCAUACUCAUGUCUACUUUCACUCUUGUCUGGCAGAAUGUUUGACCUAUGAAUUUAAAAAGAAGAAAGGCAUAAACUAUAGAGCUUGCAAGUGCAUGCUUUGGUUAUACAGUAGUAUCUAAAAAUUGUGUUAGCAGUACCAGGCAAAAAAAAUACAUUGUAACAUACAAAAAGUCAUAUAUUUAUGCAACACUGUCAAAUGAGCAAAUGUAAUUUUGCAUCUGCAGCUUGAAGCAAUCAUUGUGCUUUUCAGUGCAGGACUUGUUAACCCUUUAAAGGUUAUGCAACAAUGGGUCCAGGUGCACAUGCCUCGGACCUUCAACGAAAGGAGAGAAAAGUAGGA